AUGCUUAAUCGAGCCUUACGUACGAUGGAAGUUAAUCUUAUCAUUAGCAUGGGUUUUUUUAUUCAAGAUCUUCACAACCAUAUUGCUGCACUUCAUGACGAUCAAUAUGUUAAACAUCCGCAUAUAGAACCAUUUACCGUGUUUCGCGGACAAGGUUUGUCUCAGAAAGAUUUUGAUCAAUUAGUCAAAACACAAGGUGGACUCUUAUCAUUUAAUAAUUUUAUUUCGACUAGUACCAAUCGUCAAGUAUCGCUUAAUUUUAUACGUCAUACUAUUGAAACUACGGAUCUAAUAGGUAUUCUCUUCAUAAUAAAAAUCGAUCCUUCCAUCUCGUCGACACUAUUUGCUAACGUCCGUGAUGUCAGUUAUUUCGAAGGAGAAGAGGAAAUUCUAAUCUCCAUGCAUUCCAUCUUUCGUGUUGGUCAAGUUAAACAAAUGGACAACAAGCGACUGUGGCAAGCGGAUGUUAUGUUAACGAAUGAUAGUGAUUCACAACUGCAUGUUAUGACUGAGCAAUUGCGAAAAGAGACAUAUCCUCAUAAGAAAGGAUGGGAUAGAUUAGGCAUGUUGUUGAUUAAACUUGGACAGUUCAACAAGGCUCAACAAUUGUAUGAUAUCCUGGUUGAUCAAGCCACUAGUGAUCGAGAAAAAGCACAUAUUUAUCAUCAGCUUGGAUGGGUCAAGGAUCGUCAAGGAAAAUAUGCUGAAGCAAUUACAUAUUAUAAACAAUCAAUUGAAAUUAAGCAGAAGAUUUUCUCUCCAACUGAUGCUGGUUUGGCUGCUUCUUACAGUGGUCUUGGUCUGGUGUAUGACAAGAUGGAUGACUAUUCAAAUGCAUUUUUAUCUCAUCAAAAAGCAAUAGAAAUCUAUCAAAAAUCUCUUCCUUCCAAUCAUCUUCAUUUAGCUACUUCUUACAAUAAUAUUGGUUUGAUUUAUUCCAAGAUAGGUGACUAUGCAAAUGCACUUUCAGUUUAUCAAAAAGCAUUGACUGUUCGCCAAAAACUACUUCCUCCGAAUCAUCCUGAUGUAGCUGAUUCUUACAACAACAUUGGUUUGGUAUAUAAUAACAUGGGUGACUAUUCGAAUGCACUUGCAUCUCAUCGAAAAGCACUGGAAAUAUAUCAAAAGGCUCUUCCUUCUGAUCAUCCUCAUCUGGGUACUUCUUACAACAACAUUGGCUCAAUAUAUCAUCAAAUGGGUGACUAUUCGAAUGCCGUUUUAUUUUAUGAACACGCUAUUGAUAUCCAACAAUGUUCACUACCUUCAAAUCAUCCUAAUCUUCAUACUUUGCGAAAGAAUAUUCAAAUUGUAAAAAAGAAAAUAUAA